AUGCACAAACCAUCGCUGGCUCAAAUCGUGCACAGCGCACUGUUCCCACGGCCGCGUGCGAGCGAUCCGGCAACAUUCUCAGCUCAUAUCACCCGGAACUUGGUCCCUGAAGUUCGCGUUGAAACGUCGACUUUCUAUGGAUCGCUCGACUGCAUCGAAGCUCAAUAUCCGGGACUAGACUACUCACAUGGCCCUCACCGGAUGAGGCUCAGCCGUUUCCCCUGGCACCGCAGACUGUUCAGGGCCUUCGAUGAGUUGGGCCUGACAGAGGCAGAGAUCUCAUCCCUCUGCCGCUGGGAGGGAACCAAGUCAGCCCGGGAGCGAUAUGAGAUCGAGGAGGGCGUGAAGGUACGCGAUACAACUGCAGACAGUAUCCGACCUGCAUCCCCUUCUCCUCUUCCGUCCGUCGAAGUGCACUACGAGGACGGCCCGGAACCCGCCAAAGAACCGGAACGCAGGGCAGAGAUGCCAACCCCAGAAGUACGCACCCCAAGCGACGUCAUUGAUGACCGCGGCAUCGACUGUAUCCUCGAAGAAACCGUCGAGGAAGAUUACAGCGAGGAUGAAAUGGAAAGCUGCGGGGUGGAGCUGAACCAUCGUCUACUGGCCGCAAGCGCUGCGCGCGAACAAGGUGCCAACGUACCACUAGACGAAGAUUGGGAACAAUGGUUGAAGGAAGCUGGCGAACGGGGAAGCUAUACUGACGUGGUGAAUGCAAUCCGAAUGGGCCAGCCUUUGGGAUACCUAUACGACAUACCAUCCUCGAUGCCUCACAUGGCCAUCUUCUACAGCAAAUUCGAUACCCAAGAGGGUCCUAAGGUUGUUCACCAGGUUCCAGACGGUGCUAUCGUUCCCUCCGCCGCUGCGCCCUCGCAGCCCCCCUUCCUGACCUUCUCUGACAUCUCCUUCUUCGUGAUCCCUCGGCAAGAACUUUGCGGAAACCUGAUUCAGGUUUGCACCAAUGGCUAUCGUAUUUUGGGAUACCCGAUCUGUAUGAAGUCGCUCCGGUAUGACCGCAACGAGUUCAUCUUCAACUUCUGUGUGGUGCUGGCGGAAGAGGAGGAUUUCAGCACCUACAAGAGCGUUGUGCAGAAGCUCGCGGAUCUGAUGCACGGAUUGGAGGAACAGAAUGGAUUCUUGUCCAGAGAUCAUUCCAAAUCUGGCGAAGGCAAGGUAUACAGCUUGUGCGAGACUUUGAUGGAAGACCUGAACAACUACUGCGAAUGCAUGAUCCCUAUUGAUGAGCUGAAUACACUCAACAUCAAACUUUUCCCAAUCUACCCGGCUCCUCCGCCAGUCAAGGCCUGGCAGGUCCCUUUGUUCACGGUCCGUUAUCAGACGUUCAUGGAUGAGAACUGGGAUCUGACCAUGCAACGCAUCGUGCCCCACAUCAACGGAGUCAACAGUGUACGGAUCAUCUCAAUCCUAGCCGAUACCGACUUUUCCCUAACCUGUCGAGCCAUCCGGCACCUCCUAUACUACGGGUGUCUGUUUCUGCUCGACAUCUUCUCCUUCUCGGCGAUUUAUGCGCCUACCGCGCAGUUCAGCUCGACCAUCGCCAUGGACGAGGACAUGCAACAUGAAUGUGCACGUUAUGUCAACACCUCCUUUGCCUCGCCGGUCACUGCCGCGUCCGCAGCCCUCGCCGCCGGCUCCGACCCGGACGCCGUCUGGCCGCCAGUAGGCGACGUGCUCACCACCAGCAGCGCCAGUGUGACCGCGCCCAGCCGCACUCCAAGCCCAACCCUCCUCUCUAACGCUGUGAUGGCCACCUCAUCCAGCGUGACCGUCACCGCCAGCCCGGCCGCAGUAGCUGCCGCCGCCGCGACCUCCGUAUCUUCCGAACCCAACCCUGGCACCUCCUCAACCCGCGGACCCUACGACAGCCGCCCGGUGGUAGACGGCGCCGGGCUGGUCUCCCUGUACGCAAGCCUCAAACAAGGCCAAAACGUCAAGCAAUGGUAUCUCCACCACAGCCGCGAACUCUCGCACGUCGACAUCCGUCGCUUCAUCACCUUCGGCGUCAUCAAGGGCUUCAUCUACCGCGUGCAUAAAUACGCCAUCGCAACGGGCCAGCCCGCCCCACCACUCAAGGCCUCCGCCCUUUCCCACAACUACCAUUACCACCAGAACCACCAGAACCACCACCACCAAAACCCGGCCAUCACCCCCGCAGGCGGGGGAACGCUCCAGAUCCCCAUCUCCAGCGGCCCCUCCUCGCGCGGACCCGGCACGGGCACGAAUUCCCCGUACGCGUCGAGCGCAGGCGACGAACCGGCGCCGAUUGUACAGCAAAACCAGCAUAACCAGCACCCGCAUCCGCACUCGCACCAGCAGCACCGCCAACAACAACAACAACAACAACACCAUGCAGACGGAGGACGGGAGCAGCACUCGACCUCCGUGCACAGCGGAAGUCGCCCGGGGACGGUGGUGACGCUUGACAACAACGAGGACGACGAGGACGAGGACGAGAUCGACGACAAUAUGCUCUCCAAGUAUCUGGACGGGAUGCAUUGUUUCGAUCAGAUCUGCACGGAGCUCGAGAUCAGCGAGCGCGAGCUCACGGCGCGGUUGAAGCGGUUCCCCGGGGAGGUGUUGAUCAUCCAUCGGUAG